AUGGAAGACGUUAAGGUCGCAGUAGUGACAGGUGCUUCUUCGGGAAUUGGCUUCGAACUGACAAAACAACUGGCAAAUAAAGGCUACAAGGUUUACGCAGCUGCAAGAAGAGUGGAUCGUAUAACUCCUUUGCAGACUGAAUUUCCAAACUUGGUUGUGCCAGUUAAGUUGGACGUCGCGGAACCAGCGCAGAUCGCCACCUUUAAGCUCCGUUUGCAGGAUGAACUCCCUGGACAGAAGCUAGAUCUACUCUAUAACAAUGCGGGUCAAAGCUGUACGUUCCCAGCCGUUGAUGUUUCUAAUGAAAAUUUGGAAAUGGUCUUCAAAGUGAAUGUUUUCGGUCCAAUUAAUCUGUGCCGCGAAUUAAUUCCAUUUCUUCUCAAAGCUCGAGGCACUAUUGUUUUCACCGGUUCCUUGGCAGGCUUGAUAUCCUUUCCGUUUGGAUCGGUCUAUAGCGCCACUAAAUCGGCGAUCCACAGCUACGCAAGAGGACUGCACCUUGAAAUGAAACCAUUCGGCGUCAAGGUCUUAAAUGUGAUCACGGGAGGUGUUGCUACAGAUAUUGCCGAUAAGCGCUCUCUGCCAGAGGACUCCAUUUAUAAUAUUCCGGAAGCCCAAGAUGCCUUGGAAUACCGCCGGAAUAUGGCCAAAAACCAUAAACCAAUGAGUGCCUCUGAAUAUGUCUCCGACGUUUUGAAAGACGUCGAGAGUUCUAGAAGGCCGGUCGAUGUGUAUCACGGAUCUUUUGUCAGGGUUGCAUACUGGUUGUCAAGUUUCGUACCUGCAUGGAUUAUGGAGAAAAUUAUAGAACAUCGGUUCAAACUAGAUACUUUCUCUAAAAAGCUCGGAAAACCAAAAGCUCAGUAA